AUGACGAUUACCACCCAGCGCACGACCGCCAACUCUCCGGCGCAGGCCGCGAAAAACCGAGUCCGCGGGCCGACGGUCGCGGCGCGCCGGCGCGGCAGCGGACGCAGCCCGGCCAAGCGGUGGACAUCCCGCAAAAGCCGCAAGACGGGAUUCGCGAAGGCGCGGGCCACCUUCCGCGGCGGAGGCCGCGGAAGCGCGGCGGCUGCGGAGAGGCACGACAGCAUGAUGACAAAAGCACGCUGGCGGGGCACCGAGGCAAUCGCAAGGGAGCCCCCAGCGGGCUCUUUGUCGGUAGCAUCGAUGCCGCAACGCAAGGACUACACAAACGACGCCGAGCACCACGGCAAGUUCCAGGUGUGGCUCCAGGCAGGCAGCUUCCAAGGCAAGGCGCGCGACGGUGCGGCGGUGCGGGCAGAGCACGCCGCUCCCUAG